AUGUCGUGGUCACAAGAUCUACUCCCGACAUUAACGUCGUGCCUCGAUCGCCACUUGAUAAUACCCUUGCUUAGGUUUCAGGAGGAAACCGCGCCAACUCGCGCGGAAAAACGGGAUGCGCAACUCGCGUUGCUGCACACGCUGGUGCGCACAAGCAUGAUCGACUAUGCACUGGAAGUAUGGCAGGAAAUUGAGCAGGACCAGCCACUUUCUGAGGACGAGCAGAGAGGUCUGGAAGGGCGUGCUGCGCUGGCGGAAAGGCGAGAAUCAAUAGUUUUGGCACUGAAGACGCUCCAUAUUGAGGUGCGUCCGCUGCUCCAGGCAGUAAGCAAAGUGGCAAAAGAGGCGCAAAUCAGCAAGUCCGAUGAGGCUGGCAUCGUGGACGAUAAAGCACCGCCGAGAGUGAGCCUGGAUUUAUCGCCAACAUCGACAAGCGAUACCGCGAAGAUAGACGGUGAAACUGAGGCGAGCAACUUAGAGGAACUGCCACAACUGGAUGCUUCCGUUUUGGACAAAGUACGCCAAAUACGGGACGUAUUUUCCGAAGACCUCUUUGAUGCCCUUUAUGAAUAUGCUCGCUUUCAGUUCGACUGUGGAAACUAUGCAGAGUCACGCGAGUUGCUGCGUCUAUAUCGCGCGCUCGUGCCUGAUUUAGACUGGGAACGUGACCUGGGGCUGCACUGGGGAAUGCUGGCCUCUGAGAUCCUCGAAAAUCGUUGGGAACCAGCGUUGCAAGAAAUUGAAAACCUGCGUGCAUUUAUCACCUCCUUGUCAGGAUCGAGUUCGCCCGUGCUGAACCCACUGCAACAGCUUCAACAACGGACCUGGUUGCUGCAUUGGGGCCUCUUUGUGUUUUUCCAAAACACAACCACACUGAAUUAUUUCAUCGACCUGGUAUUCUCACUACAUUCGUCGUCUGGCGCGGGCACUGACCGCAAUGUUUCCGGCUCGAUCGGUAACAUCGCCAGCGAACGUUACUUUACGGCCAUUGAAACCAACGCAGCACAUCUCUAUCGCUACGUCGUCGCUGCACUCGCCAUCUGCAACAAACGGCAGAAACGGAACCUGUUCGCUGAAGUGGUGCGUUCUAUCGACCUUGACGGAGCAAAGUUGUCCAAAGACCCUGUUGUAGGUUUUGUUGAAAGUCUCUGGGGGAACCUUGAUCUGGGCACAGCAGAAGAUAUGCUUCGAGAGUGUGAGAGCGCACUGCGUCAAGAUUACUUUUUGCGAGACUCGGUUGAUGCCUUUCAGGAGAGCGGUCUGCAGCUGAUCUUUGAGAUGUAUUGUCGUACGCAUGAUUGCAUCGACUUGCACGGAUUCGCGGAUCGACUGAAUAUGGAUCGUGCUCGAGCAGAGCGCUGGGUAGCAAGUCUCGUACGCAGCGCCCGCCUGGAUGCAAAAAUUGACGAUCGCCGCAAUCAGGUGCUCAUGAGUUACCAACCACUUGGCAUCUACGAGUACGUCAUAGAUACGACACGCUCCCUGACGUACCGAACAAGCUCGCUGGGGUACGCUCUUGACCGAGAUACGCAUCCAUCGGGUGGUACAGGACGCCUUCGGGGCCACGGACGCACAGGCCGUGGACAUGGCGGCAGCGGCAGCGGUACCGGUGCAGCGCCGAUGGGUGGCAGCUCGCGAUCCGGUCAACGAGAGGCGCGUCGCGUCGAGUAA